CCCCGCUCGCAUGUCUGCGCCGCCCUAGCCGAGGAUGCUGAGGAUGAAGCUGCCGCUGAAGCCGACGCACCCCGCGGAGCCGCCGCCCGAGGCGGAGGAACCCGAGGCGGACGCGCGGCCGGGCGCGAAGGCGCCUCCGCGCCGCCGCCGCGACUGCCGCCCCCCGCCGCCGCCGCCGCCCGCGGGCCCGCAGCGGGACGGGCCAAGGCGGCGGCGCGGCCGUCAGGAGCGGGUGUACGAGUGGUUCGGGCUGGUGCUGGGCUCGGCGCAGCGCCUGGAGUUCAUGUGCGGGCUGCUGGACCUGUGCAACCCGCUGGAGCUGCGCUUCCUCGGCUCGUGCCUGGAGGACCUGGCGCGCAAGGACUACCACUAUCUGCGCGACUCGGAGGCCAAGGCCAACGGCCUCUCGGACCCGGGGCCGCUGGCCGACUUCCGAGAGCCUGCGGUGCGCUCGCGCCUCAUCGUCUACCUGGCGCUGCUGGGCUCAGAGAACCGGGAGGCCGCUGGCCGCCUGCACCGCCUGCUGCCCCAGGUGGACUCGGUGCUCAAAAGCCUGCGCGCCGCCCGGGGCGAGGGCUCGCGGGGCGGCGCGGAGGACGAGCGCGGCGAGGACGGCGACGGCGAGCAGGACGCUGAGAAGGACGGCUCGGGCCCGGAAGGCAGCCGCGCGGAGCUCCGGGCCGGCGGCGGGCUCGGCUCCAGGGCCCAGGAGGAACUGCUGCUGCUCUUCACGAUGGCCUCGCUGCACCCGGCUUUCUCUUUCCACCAACGGGUCACCCUGCGGGAACACCUGGAGAGGCUCCGCGCCGCGCUCCGCGGGGGCCCCGAGGACGCGGAGGUGGUGGUGGAGCCGUGCAAGUUUGCCAGCCCCAGGGCCCAGAACAACUCAGCUCAUGGUGAUUACAUGCCAAAUAACGAGAGCAGUUUAAUAGAGCAAGCCCCAAUACCUCAGGAUGGACUUACCCUGGCACCUCACAGAGCUCAGCGAGAAGCUGUACACAUUGAGAAGAUAAUGUUGAAAGGAGUCCAGAGAAAAAGAGCCGACAAAUACUGGGAGUACACUUUCAGAGUAAAUUGGUCUGAUCUUUCAGUCACAACAGUAACAAAAACCCACCAAGAACUACAGGAAUUUCUACUGAAGCUUCCAAAGGAACUGUCUUCGGAGACUUUUGACAAGACCAUCUUAAGAGCCCUGAAUCAGGGUUCCUUGAAAAGGGAAGAACGGCGACAUCCUGACCUGGAGCCCAUCCUAAGGCAGCUAUUUUCAAGUUCAUCGCAAGCUUUUCUACAGAGUCAGAAAGUACACAGCUUCUUUCAGUCCAUAUCGUCAGACUCCCUACACAGUCUCAAUACCUUACAAUCCUCUCUGAAGACUUCUAAGAUAUUAGAACACUUAAAAGAAGACAGCUCUGAAGCUUCAAGUCAAGAAGAAGAUGUAUUACAACAUGCCAUAAUCCACAAGAAGCAUACUGGGAAAAGUCCCAUUGUGAACACGAUUGGUACGAAUUGUUCUCCUUUGGAUGGACUUACCAUGCAAUAUCCUGAACAGAAUGGGAUUGUGGAUUGGAGGAAGCAAAGCUGUACCGCCAUUCAGCACCCAGAGCACUGUGUGACCUCAGCUGACCAGCAUUCUGCUGAAAAACGGAGUUUGUCUUCAAUAAAUAAGAAGAAAGGAAAGCCACAAACAGAAAAGGAGAAGAUUAAGAAAACUGACAACAGAUUGAAUAGUAGAAUAAAUGGUAUUAGACUCUCCACUCCUCAGCAUGCCCAUGGUGGUACUGUGAAAGAUGUGAAUUUGGACAUUGGCUCUGGCCAUGACACAUGUGGAGAAACAUCAUCAGAGAGUUACAGUUCUCCAUCUAGUCCACGACAUGAUGGAAGAGAAAGUUUUGAAAGUGAAGAAGAAAAAGACAGAGACACAGACAGCAAUUCUGAGGAUUCUGGAAAUCCAUCAACAACUAGGUUUACAGGUUAUGGUUCUGUCAACCAGACUGUCACUGUCAAGCCACCAGUUCAAAUUGCUUCACUAGGAAAUGAGAAUGGAAACCUUUUAGAAGAUCCCUUAAACUCACCCAAGUAUCAGCAUAUUUCCUUUAUGCCAACUUUACACUGUGUCAUGCACAAUGGUGCCCAGAAGUCUGAAGUCAUCGUUCCUGCACCCAAAUCCGCUGAUGGCAAAACCAUAGGGAUGCUUGUUCCUAGUCCUGUUGCUAUUUCUGCAAUAAGGGAGUCUGCAAAUUCAACCCCCGUUGGAAUACUAGGGCCAACAGCUUCCACUGGAGAAUCGGAAAAGCACCUUGAGUUACUGGCUUCCCCUUUACCUAUUCCAUCAACCUUUCUUCCACAUAGUAGCACUCCCGCUUUGCAUCUAACAGUUCAGAGGCUAAAGUUGCCACCACCACAGGGAUCUUCUGAGAGCUGCACAGUUAACAUCCCACAGCAACCACCCGGAAGUCUGAGCAUUGGAUCACCAAACACUGCCUUUAUUCCUAUCCAUAACCCAGGUAGUUUCCCAGGCUCUCCUGUUGCUACCACGGACCCCAUCACAAAAUCCGCAUCCCAAGUGGUAGGACUCAAUCAAAUGGUGCCUCAAAUUGAGGGAAACACAGGGACAGUCCCUCAGCCUACCAAUGUGAAGGUAGUCCUUCCAGCAGCUGGCCUCUCAGCUGCUCAGCCACCAGCUUCCUACCCCUUACCAGGCUCUCCCCUUGCUGCCGGCGUGUUACCCAGCCAGAACUCCAGUGUGCUCAGCACAGCAGCAACUUCUCCCCAGCCAGCGAGCGCAGGCAUCAGCCAGGCCCAGGCCACUGUUCCUCCCGCAGUUCCUACCCACACCCCAGGCCCUGCCCCGAGCCCAAGCCCUGCUUUGACACACAGUACCGCGCAGAGUGACAGCACCUCUUACAUCAGUGCUGUGGGGAACACGAACGCUAAUGGGACAGUAGUGCCACCGCAGCAGAUGGGCUCGGGUCCUUGUGGUUCUUGUGGGCGAAGGUGCAGCUGUGGGACCAAUGGAAACCUUCAGCUAAACAGUUACUAUUAUCCUAAUCCGAUGCCUGGACCAAUGUACCGAGUCCCUUCAUUCUUUACUCUGCCAUCCAUUUGCAAUGGCAGCUACCUCAACCAAGCACAUCAGAGCAAUGGAAACCAACUUCCUUUUUUUCUGCCUCAGACUCCAUAUGCAAAUGGACUGGUACAUGACCCAGUCAUGGGGAGCCAAGCCAACUAUGGCAUGCAGCAGAUGGCAGGAUUUGGGAGAUUCUAUCCUGUAUAUCCAGCACCUAAUGUAGUUGCCAACACCAGUGGUUCGGGGCCCAAGAAGAAUGGGAAUGUCUCAUGUUACAAUUGUGGUGUAAGCGGACACUAUGCACAGGACUGUAAGCAGUCGUCCAUGGAGGCCAAUCAACAAGGCACUUACAGACUGAGAUACGCACCUCCCCUCCCCCCUUCUAAUGAUACGUUGGAUUCUGCAGACUGAAACGAGUAAAGCUUGCCUACUUAAUACACUCAAGUGUGGGGAGUCAUGGGGUGUGGAGGGGAGGAAAGGAAAGGUAUUUUGUUUCUUUGUCUAUACAUUUCCUAGAUUUCUAUGCAGUUGGGAUUUUUCAUUUCUCUUGUACCAAUGUCCAAAACAAGAAAGAAUGCAAUGCUUUUGAGCCUCCGGUCUCCUGGUUCAACAACAGGCUUAUAUGUAUGAUACAUGUAAUUUAAACUUUCAGACAAACUAUCAAAAGGAAAAUGUUGGUGCGUGCUUUUUUUUUUUUUUUUUACACUGAAUACUUGCUGUGUGCAAUGUUUACUGAAUCUUUAAAACUGUGUAUUUGACCUUUUUUUAACAACACUGGUGACAGUCAUAUGGUUUUGAAAAAAAGAAAAAAAUUUGCUUCUUCCCUAGCUUUUCUCACUUUCACCGUAAACGACACUUUCCUCCCCAGCCAGCCUCACUCUGUCCUCGGCCCGCAGCAGGAGCGGCCAGCAGUGCAUUCACCCACUUUCAUAAACUGCUCUGCAUAUAAACCAAGGGCAGAAUGUUUCACCCUGAUCUUACAGGAGGAAUCAAACUCCCGAAAUAGUGUGUAUAUAUGUAAUAAACAGCGUCACGUAAAUACAUAUAUGCAGUGCUUAUUGUCCAAAUAAAGAUGAAAAUAAGUGGAAGAGAGAGGAAGAAGUCAAACCAUAUGAAACUGAAAAAAUAUGACGUACAAAAUGGACAAAAAGCUUUUUCUGAAACCAACUUUUUACUUCCAUCAUACUUUUUUAGCCUGUUGCUUCAGAGAGACACAAAGUGAACACACUGGUGUGAAUGUCGUUCUCCGUGUGCUUGUGUUUGUCAUGAAAGUCUCCAGCCAGUUUCACUUGUCCACCACCGUGUUGUGCUCACAGAGACACUACUUAAGUCAAGAUUUCUCCUUUCCCUAUACCAACUGUUACAGUGUUACGUUGUGUUUGCAAUGUGUAUGGUUUAUUGCAGUCUGAACAGAGCUAUGGGUUUCUACCGUAAGUCAGGUUAUUUGUUUCCUAACCUGUCUCUCGUAGCAAAGUCACUUUUAUAACAGUUUACCACUAUGUUUGAUUAUAAUGUGAAAGACUAAAUUCUGAGUGUGUUAAGAUGGUAUUAAUCAUGUCGGUGUCAUGUCACUAAGUUUAAUGCUGCUGUUUUUAAAAACAAGUUUUUUUAAAAAGCCAAUCUAUGUACUAAAUUGCUUCCAGGUAAUUUUUGAUUUCCUAAAGUGCACUGAGGUUAUCUGGAAGAUUGGGUGUAUUUUUUAGUGACUGCUGCAUUCAUCAGCAAUGAACAGCUUCCACUGUAUAGUGCUAGGGUUAAGGGGUUGGGGGUUUUCAUUUUUCCAUUCCUCAGCACAGAGCAGAAAUGAUAGAUUUUUGUUGUGUGGAGUAACGUUGGUAUGCAGCAGAGGAACGUAAACAUUUGGUCUUGUUUCAGAAGCCUAACAGAUUGCUAGACAAGAGAAAAAACUUGAAGAAAAAAGAAGCUUAAUUUCAUGCUUCAUAAGUAGCAUUUAUAUUUAUAGCACCAAUGUACAUUUUGAAACUUUCUUUCAGGGGCGGGAGUUAUGGGGAAGGGGUGGGUGUGAAGGGGUAGAUGAAAGCUUUAAUUUAGAAAGAAAGUUCAAGUAAAGGAAAUUAUUUUGAUUAAAUAUAUUUUAUUUGAUCUGGGUAUUUUUGGACCACAUUAUUAAAUUAAUUGUUAAGCUGCAGUUGAGUUGUUCAAGUGAGAGUUUUGAUAAGCCACGUAUGGGCCGCAUUGUGAAUCACUUGCCAGUUGUACUUUAUGGAGCUUAUUUUAUGAUUUAAAAUACUGUACUGUACAUAGGAGGUAUGUUACCUUCUCCUUAUUUGUAUGUUUACCAUAUACUUUGAUAUUUGAAAUGUUAUGUACUGGAAAGGCCACUUAUAUUUCUAGAACAGAUUGGAUUUUAUGCAACCUUUUUUCCUUGAAUUAACAGCAAUAAAAAAAUGAAAAACAGCUUAA